AUGUCUGGGUUGCUCUCUCAACUACCGUCAAUAGCGUAUCCGCCUGAACAAGAUGGCUACUUUUCUCCGGUAACAAGCACACUGGACUGGUGUGAGGAGAACUAUGUUGUUACACAUUUUGUCGCUGAAGCGGUGAAUACCUUUACCAACCUCUUGUUCGUAUACCUAGCUACAAAGGGCAUUCGCAGCUGCUUGAAGUAUGGACACGAUACAGUCUUUCUUGUUAGCUUUGUUGGCUAUUUGCUUGUCGGGAGCGGCAGUUUAUUGUUUCACGCGACAUUGAAGUACCCCAUGCAGCUUGUCGAUGAGCUUUCGAUGAUUUACACGACAUGUCUAAUGAACUAUGCCACGUUCUCCUACGGCAAGUCACGACUGUAUUCCACGGUACUCGCCAUCUGCCUCACGUCGCUUGCCGUGUUCAUCACGCUCUACUACCACUAUCUGCAAAAUCCAACCUUUCACCAGAAUGCAUACGCAGUUCUUACAGCAGUUGUGUUCUUUCGCGCCCUCUACGUAAUGGAGGUCAAUAUCCGACCGCGCUUCCGGUCGCAGGAGAGAGAGGCAGCGAACCCGCGUCUGGAUGGGAGUGCAAAGGCAGUGCGACAGGAAAACCAGCGAGACGAAGAGAUUCUGAGCACCAUGUGGAAGAUGAUUGCAUUUGGCCUCAGCAUCUUCCUGGGUGGGUUUGCCAUCUGGAAUCUUGACAACGUGUUCUGCUCGCGGCUGAUCUGGUGGCGGAGGCAAGUCGGCAUGCCUUGGGGCUUCGUGCUCGAGGGGCAUGGAUGGUGGCACUUGAUGACUGGGCUUGGGGCAUAUUUCUACAUUGUGUGGGGCAUUUGGCUCAGGCACUGUCUUAAUUACAGACAGGACGAGUACGAGUUGCAGUGGCCAAAUGUGUGGACGGUGCCCGAGGUAAGGGCUAGAGGAAGAGAUGCGAAGAAGGAAGCGUAG